AUGCCGGUCCCGUACGAGAUAUCUGAAGCCAUCCGGCACAAGAAGGCACAGUACUGCCGGUUCGCCGACUCCAACCAAUGGCAUCUCUUCGACGGCAUCGCCCUCCCUGACGCGACCUUCAAGUUCUUCGACAAGGAGGGGGCGCUCGUGAAGCAGGGCGACACGGAGAUGACUUUCGACAACCUCGCCGCGUUCCAGGCGCACUUCAGCAAGACGAACGCGCACAUUGACGCGGUCCACAUGGUGAACGCCGGUGAGCUGGAUAUGGUCGCCGAGAACGAGGUCAAGGCCAUCUUCACGGUGGUCUACCAUGGAGGCGCGCUGGAUACGGAGGAUGGGCUGCACUCGACCGGAGCAGGGCAUUACCACGAGGUGUGGAAGAAGGUUGGGGAUGAUUGGUUUCUGAAGAGUUUGUGGAUGAAGAGGAUUUAUUGGAAGGUUCAGGUGAUUGCGUGA